GAUGUGGGAAAGAGGAAAGUGAGAGGGAAGCUGAACGCUGCAUCCAUCCAGUAAAUAGUAAUCAAUACUAGUUCUACAAGAAAGCAGCAUAUAUACAAGAAGAAGUAGGCUUGUUGUGUUGAAGGCAUGAUCAAGACCGACAACAAAAACAUAUCAGGAAGUGAGUAGUGAUUUCCAGAUUCAAGACCUGAAAUUCUAUCAACUAUGUCAACCGGUGAAGGCAGCAUGUCUUCUCAACCACUUCCUUUCAAGAUUGGCGGACCAGCCAUAGCUAUAAUUGUGACCCAGAUAAUAAUGGUAGUGGCUAUCUCUAUGUUCAUACACUGUCUCCGGAUGAAGAAGGCAUCAGAACUAAGAGCAGCAGUAGCCCCACCAAUGCCGUCAAAUAUGAUCCAAGUUUGGGAGGUUGACGCCCCAACAAUGGAGAAAUUCUUCCUAGAACUGGCUCAGCAAAAACCGGUCCGUUUCACUGCUCAGCAGCUCUGUGCUUUUACGAAUAACUACUCAGUAACGUUAGGAUCUGGAGGUUUUGGCAGAGUGUACAAAGGGCAGUUCACAAAUGGGGUAAAGAUUGCUGUAAAAGUCCUCAACAGGGGUCCAAACCGGAGCAUCGAAGAACAGUUCAUGGCUGAAGUUGGAACCAUUGGGAGGACUCAUCAUAUAAACUUGGUGAGGUUAUAUGGCUUCUGCUAUGAUCAGUUCAUGAGUGCUCUUGUGUAUGAAUUCAUGGAAAAUGGAUCACUUGACAAGCAUUUGUUCAGUGAGAAUCAAGAGCUGAAGUGGGAGAAACUGCAUGAAAUUGCAAUAGGAACAGCAAAGGGAAUCGCAUACUUACAUGAAGAGUGCCAGCAAAGGAUCAUUCACUAUGACAUUAAGCCUGGGAAUGUGCUUCUGGACGAGAACUUCUCUCCCAAGGUAGCGGAUUUUGGGCUGGCAAGGCUCUGCAACAGAGACGACACACACGUUACUGUCUCCGGAUACAGGGGGACUCCCGGGUACUUGGCACCGGAGUUCAUGCUGAAGAACUUCCCAAUAACCUAUAAAUGUGAUGUGUAUAGUUUUGGGAUUCUCCUGUUUGAGAUAGUCGGGAGGAGGAAAAACACCAAAAUAGGCGGCAAUAGCGACAGUCUCGAUUGGUUUCCAAAGCAAGUUUGGGAGGAGUAUGAGAAAGGAGAGCUGAUGCAAUUAACAGAAGCUUGUGGGAUUGAGGAGAAGGACAGAGCAAAGGCUGAGAGAAUGGCUGUGGUGGCCCUUUGGUGUGCUCAAGACUCACCCGAGGCGAGGCCGCCAAUGAGCAUUGUGGUGAAAAUGUUGGAGGGAGGGGUAGAGAUAAUGCCACCACCUAAGCCAUUUCAUUACUUGUUCUCAGUGGGGACUGAUGUGCUGAAGCCACCAACUAGUUCUGGGAGUGGUUCGGGGUGUACAAGUGAAGGGACGACAUCGUAUUGGUUUAAGGAGACGACUCCUAUCAUGGCCAAGUAUGAAAUAUCUGUGGCCACUUUAUAGAUUGCUGUAAGAGAAGCAAUAGAUUACCUGAUAAAAUAAACUAGCAUGUAUGUACAACCAAGGGCAGGGAACCUUACUGCUGUGUAUGUAAGUUGAUAAGAUAUAUCAGUGGUUUAUAAGCCUAAAUGAUACUUGGUAAAGUUUGUACUUGGUAACAAAAUUGACUUGUACA